UAUAUAAAAAUAAACACUUUGCAACUUUAUGCCACACGCUCGCAAAUACCAACGUGGUGUUUUUCUCGCUUAACUUGACCUCGAGCUGCAAUUUUGAACUAAAGUGGACGACAAAUGGCUGGCUCGGCGCUGCGUCGCCUGAUGGCGGAAUACAAACAGUUAACAAUGGAUCCGCCAGAGGGUAUCGCCGCUGGACCCAUCAGCGAGGACAAUUUCUUUGAAUGGGAGGCGCUGAUUGCCGGACCCGAGGGCACCUGCUUUGAGGGCGGCGUGUUUCCAGCCCGUUUAGUUUUUCCACCCGACUAUCCAUUGAGUCCACCUAAAAUGAAAUUCACUUGUGAUAUGUUUCAUCCAAACAUCUUUUCCGAUGGCCGCGUUUGCAUAUCAAUAUUACACGCACCCGGCGACGAUCCUAUGGGCUAUGAGCUAUCCGCCGAGCGCUGGAGCCCCGUUCAAAGUGUCGAAAAGAUACUCCUGAGUGUGGUUAGCAUGUUGGCGGAGCCGAACGACGAGAGUGGCGCAAAUGUGGACGCAGCGAUUAUGUGGCGCGAGAGGAGGGACGAAUUCAACCGGAUCGCACAACGAUUGGUGCGCAAGACACUUGGCUUAUCGGCAUAAGAGCGACUGCAGCGACUGAUCACUAAAUCCACAGCAAACAAAACAACAAUAGAAACAAAAAACAACUGCUGAAAGAAAAAAAUAUAUGAGAAAGGAAGAGGAAGGAUAGAAGAUGAAGACAAAGAAGGGGAAGAGGAUGUGGAGGGGGACGAGGAAGAGGAAGAGGAGGAGAGGCACAUGAAAGUAGCCACUCACAGAGAAGCCGCAAUUCCGACCAUCGAGGAUUAACGAACGCUACCCACUAUAUAUACCAGGAAAAUAUCUGGGAUGGAAUCGAAACAACUAGAAGAUGAAAAUAGAAUGCAAAUCGAUCGCUAAUGCACUUCCUCUCAUCUGUAUGUGUGUGUGUAUGUGUAUAUAUAUAUAUGUGUGUGCGUGCGUGCGUGCGUGGGUGGGUG